AUGAGUAACUUAAAACUUGGCGUUGAAGUCAUAAGCGUAAGACUCAAACCUAGAGAGGAGAGAGCUCAUCAAGGAGAUGGAUAUGGUGGUGUUAACGCCUUCGUGGAGCUACGAUUCGACGGUCAGAUCGUCAAAACCUCGACAAAGAUCGACGAUGCGAGUCCUGUAUGGAACGAGAAGUUCUUCUUCAACAUCUCAGAUACAGAGGAUCUAUCGAAUCUGAUCCUUGAGGCUAACGUUUACAACAAAACAAGCAGUAUAACGAAGUCCUGUCUCGGUAAGAUCCGGAUCUUCGGAACUGCGUUCGUGCCUUACUCUGAAGCUGUGGGGAUGCAUUACCCUCUCGAGAAAGAGAAACGAAGCGUUUUCUUUUCUGCCGUUAGAGGUGAGCUUGCUCUGAAAGUGUAUGUAACUGAUACCCCCUCUCUCAAGGUACCGAAUAUAAACCCUACAAAGAAGGUUACUUCUCACACAAGGCACAAGUUCCACAACAUCCCCACAACAGAGAUAAGUAAACCUAGGCAACAAAGAGAUCCGGAACCGCCUCAACCGCAACAGCUUCAACCACAACAGCCUCAACCGCGAUCGCCUCAACCACGACCACCUAAACCGCAAUCGCCUCGACCACAACCACCACGACCAUCAUCGCCUCAACUGGAACCGCUUCAAACGCUAUUGCCACAACCGCCGCCGGUUAUCGGAGUUUCUAGGUUUCAGGCGGCUAGAUAUGAUUCUCCGGUACCGGCAGCAAUGGGAUUUGAUCCUACUCCACCAGAUUUUUCAAUCAAAGAGACGAAUCCGAUUCUCGGAGGAGGCAGACAAGCAAGAAACAUCAGAGCUCAUGAUCUCGUCGAGCCGAUGGAGUUUCUUUACGUCAAAAUCGUAAAAGCACGAAAUCUUCCGACAAUGGACCCGACAGGAAGUCUAGACCCCUACGUCGAAGUCAAACUCGGAAACUUCACGGCAAGAACAAAACACUUCGAGAAGAAUAAAAACCCUAUCUGGAACGAAGUCUUCGCCUUCUCCAAAUCCGACCAACAAUCAGACCAUCUCGAAGUCAUCGUCAUGGACAAAGACGUAAUCAAAGACGACUUCGUCGGUUCAAUCCAGUUCGAUCUCCGUGAGAUUCCGACACGUGUUGCACCAGACAGUCCUUUAGCUCCAGAAUGGUACGUAGUCAACGUCGAGAAAGGAGGAGAGAUUAUGUUAGCUGUUUGGUUCGGUACACAAGCCGACGAAGCAUUCUCAGACGCGACGUACUCGGACGCUUUAACGGCUUUAAACAAAUCGAGCGUUCGUUCUAAAAUCUACCAUUCUCCGAGGCUAUGGUACCUUCGUGUUAAUGUUAUCGAGGCGCAAGACUUGGUUAUCGUACCGGACCGGACUCGGGCUCCAAAUCCGUAUGUUAAAAUCAAGUUAGGUAACCAAAUGGUUCGAACCAAACCGAGUCAGUUGCUUAAUCCUAGAUGGAACGAGGAGUUUACACUUGUCGCGGCUGAACCGUUUGAAGAUCUUGAAAUAUCAAUCGAAGACCGGGUGGCGGUUAACCGAGAGGAAACACUGGGAUUGGUUAAGAUACCGUUCGAUAUAAUCGAAAGACGAGUUUCUGAUAACCGGAUAGUGCCUAACCGUUGGUUUAGUCUUAAGUUUGAGAACCAAAGGAGGGCCAGAGUCGCUACUACUAGGAUUCUUCUGAAUGUUUGUUUAGAAGGAGGCUAUCACGUUCUUGAUGAGUCUACUUACUACAGUAGCGACUUCAGACCGUCGAUGAAAGAGCUGUGGACACGUCAGCAGCCGUCGCUUGGUGUUCUUGAAUUAGGGAUUCUGGGAGUUGAAGGUUUAAACGUGAGUCAUGAUGGAAAGAAAGAGACGGUAGAUGCUUACUGUGUGGCUAAGUAUGGGACCAAAUGGGUCAGGACUCGGACCGUUACCAACUGUUUUAACCCGCGGUUCAACGAGCAGUACACAUGGGAGGUUUAUGAGCCAGCGACGGUAAUCACAAUCGGCGUUUUCGAUAACAACCAAAUCAAUGGUGGCAACAACAAAGAUGGGAAGAUUGGGAAAGUCAGAGUUCGAAUCUCGACUCUUGAAUCAGGAAGACUCUACACUAACUCGUAUCCGCUUCUCAUUCUUCGACCUUCGGGUGUCAAGAACAUGGGCGAACUACAUUUGGCUAUUCGGUUUACUUGCACCUCCAUGUUUCAAAUGUUGGUUCAGUACUGGAAACCGCUUCUUCCCAAGAUGCAUUACGUUAGACCGUUGAAAGUAGUGCAUCAGGAGAUUCUCAGACAGCAUGCUGUUAGCCUAGUGGCGGCUCGGUUAAGCAGAACCGAGCCGCCUCUUAGGAAAGAAGUGAUUGAAUACAUAACCGGUUUGGAUUCUCAUUUCUGGAGCAUUAGGAAAAGCAGAGCAAAUUUCUUUAGACUAAAAUCGGUUUUAUCUGGUUUACUCGGUACCGGAGAAUGGUUUCAAGAUAUCUGCACUUGGAAGAAACCAGUAGCGUCUGCAGCGGUUCAUAUACUCUACUUGGCCUUUGUGUGUUUGCCGGAGAUGAUUCUUCCGAUAACAUCCCUUUUGUUGUUCAUGCUUGGUGUAUGGAACUACAGACUGCGUCCCAGACAACCUCCACACAUGGACACAAGACUUUCAUUUGCAGACAACGUUCACCCUGAAGAGCUUAACGAAGAGUUCGACACGUUUCCAUAUUCUUCUGAAGACCCGGCGGUUGUGAAAAUGCGGUACGAGCGGUUGAGGAGUAUAGCGAGCAGAGCUCAGACUGUUGUGGGAGACAUAGCUGGUCAAGGAGAGAGAGUUCAAGCUCUGUUAAGCUGGAGAGAUCCAAGAGCAACGUCCAUCUUCAUGGUGCUUUUUUUGGUUUCUUCAGUGGUUUUGUACGUUGUGCCGUUUAAGGUUUUUGUUCUUCUUGGUGGAUUGUACAUCAUGAGACAUCCAAGAUUCAGGCGAAAGACACCUCCUGGUCUUGUUAACUUCUUCAAAAGACUACCUGCUAAAACAGACUGUAUGUUGUAGAAUGUAAUAACAUUA